AUGAAAGAGAUUAAUCCGAAACCAAUAGCACUGACCCCUAAAGCGGACUUUUCGCGGAUCAAUCGAGAAGUGCCUCAAAAGGUGACUGAAGUCAUACACAAAACCUUUAUAGCCAUCGAUGAGAAGGGCACAGAAGCCGCGGCCGUCACUGCCAUCAAAAUUGUUCCCCUCUCAGCACAAAUACAUCCUGAUCCUAUUAUAUUUAGAGCUGAUCACCCAUUUCUAUACUUCAUAAGAGAUAAAACUAAUGGUAUUCUCAUGAACGGAGCAAAUAAUGAAACCCUUAAAGAUUUGAAACGUUUCCUUCGUAAAGAUUUACCACUUUUGGACACAUUUGCAAAUACUGUGCGACAGUACUAUAGGGCAGACAUACAAACGGCUGAUUUCGUGAACAAUAAUAAGGAAGAGAUAGAAAAAGUGAAUGAAUGGGUUCGCAAUCAAACCAAUCAUAAAAUCGAGAAAAUAUUUGAAACUAUAGAAAACGACACUUCACUCAUUAUUAUAAACGCCAUAUAUUUUAAAGGCAAUUGGUUGGAUUCAUUUUAUAAGAGUUUAACGCAAAAACUAGAUUUUUAUAACAACGGACAAAAUGGUGUAAAAGUGGACACAAUGACGAGUAGAGAUUAUUUGAAUUACUUGGACUCAAAUGAAUUGAAUGCACAGAUUCUGGAAUUGCAAUACACGGGAAGGGAAAUCAGUUUUAUCGUUGUUUUACCCAAACGUAGAGAUGGUUUGAAUGAAUUGAAAUCCAAAAUUAAUUCACAAAACUUUGAUAAAUUUUGGCUCUUUUCCUAUGAUUUAAUGAAAGAGAUUAAUCCGAAACCAAUAGCACUGACCCCUAAAGCGGACUUUUCGCAGAUCAAUGGAAAUAGGUAUCAAAAGGUGGCUGAAGUCAUACACAAAACCUUUAUAGCCAUCGAUGAGAAGGGCACAGAAGCCGCUGCGGUUACUGCAAUCAAAGUGGUUGUCAAAUCAGCACAAAUAUACCCUGAUCCUAUUAUUUUUAGAGCUGAUCAUCCAUUCAUAUACUUCAUAAGAGAUCAAACUAAUGUUAUCAAUAGCAAUGAUUUACCACUUUUGGACACCUUUGCAAAUACUGUGCGACAAUAUUAUAGGGCAGACAUACAAACGGCUGAUUUCGUGAACAAUAAUAGAGAAGAGACAGAGAAAGUGAAUGAAUGGGUUCGCAAUCAAACUAAUCAUAAAAUUGAGAAAAUAUUUGAUACUAUAAAAAACGACACUUCACUCAUUAUUAUUAACGCCAUAUAUUUUAAAGGCCUUUAG